AUGCUAGACAACAAAGAAGAAGAUCUCGAGCGACUCGCAGAGCUCUGCCUCUCAACGGCGAAACAGAUCAAGGAGCACCUGGCAUCGACCGGGCAUCCACAGAUGACGUUUGAUCAGAAUGGACCGCAGUUCUUCCCUCAGGACAGCAGCCCCAUGGAGAUCCAGCUGGCGAGGUUGAAUCUCCGUGCCGCAGCCAAAAGGCUGCACGAUCUCGUUUCGGGACCCGACGAGGUUGUCGUUUGGAACACUUAUGAUAUUACCCACGACUUGAACGCAUUCCGCUACGCAGCAGAAUACUCGAUCGCUGCCGCCGUGCCGCUCAACUCGACGAUCAGCUACAGCGACCUCGCCACCAAACUCUCACUGGACCGCAAACAGCUACGCCAAAUGUUACGCCAGCUAAUCCAGAUCCACGUGUUCAGUGAGCCCACUCUCAACCAAGUCUCGCACACCGCCUCGUCCAAACUACUGAUCACGCACGAGGGUGUGGCGGCGUUCAACGGGUACAUCGCACGGGACGUGUUCCCGAUGGCGGCGAAGCAGUUCGAGGCGCUGGAGCACUUCGGGCACGGCAACCCGCACCCGCACGAGGCCGGGCUCAACUUCGCGUGCAAGACCAAUCUACCGAUGUUCGCCUACUACGAGCAGCCCGAGCAGGCCGGCGUGCGCGAGCGUUUCUCGAAGCUUAUGACUUACGCCUCGUCGUUCCCGGCACUGUCGAACUCGCAUCUCACGGCGGGCUUCCGCUGGAGCACCCUCCCGCCGGGGAGCACCAUCGUCGACAUCGCGGGCAACGUGGGCCACUGCAGCAUCGCGAUCGCACGGGCGACGGACCCGACCGUGAAGCUCGUGGUGCAGGACCUGCCGCAGAUCGUUGCGCGCGCCAAGGACCCCGCGACGAGCGUGGUCCCCGCGGACCUGCGCGACCGCUUCACGUUCAUGGAACACGACUUCUACACCCCGCAGCCGAUCCAAGGCGCGGCCGUGUAUUUCCUGCGCAUGAUCAUGCACGACUACUCGGACGCGUACUGCUGGAAGAUCCUGCGCCAGAUCGUGCCUGCCAUGGGCCCCGACAGUCGGAUUGUCAUCAUGGAUCAGGUCUCGCCGCCUGUGGGAGUGCUGCCGACGGCCAUAGAGCGCAUGAUGCGCACCCAGGAUCUGCAGAUGAUGCUGCUCUUGAACGCGAGGGAGAGGGAUAUUGGCGAAUGGAAUGAUUUGGUGGCGGGGAUUUCACAGCAGGAGGAGGGCGCGGGGAAGAUUGAAGCCGUCGAGACUGCUGCUAAUAGUGUAGUCGAGCCUGAGGAGCCCAAGACUGAGGAGCCCAAGACUGAGGAGCCCAAGACUGAGGAGCCCAAGACUGAAGAGCCCAAGAACGAGGAAGCAAAAGCCGAAGACUCUACGAGUGAAACCAACAGCGCACCGGCGGCGCCCGGCGGCACGGCUACUGCAGAAGCUCCUCGCGGUCCCCCAGCCAAGAGACUGGAGAUCAAGAACAUCGUCAGCCCACCGGGGACGAUGAUGAGUUUGAUAGAGAUUGGAUUCGUGGCUGAAAACGGGACGGGUGGAGGUUCUGUUUAG